AUGACGCUCGGAUAUGCAAAGUUACAGGAUGGACGGAUAGACGGUGCAGAUGGUGCAGGUGGUGUGGACAGCACGCAUGAGCCACCGCACACGAUCCACUCCAACUGGAACAAGGCUGAUGCAAAUCUCGAGGAAAUCACGCUGGACGAUCUCAGCGAGCCAGUCGAGCCAGCGCCACUGAAGCGCUCCCUGAUAGCCGGAUGCGGGCCACUCGGGCGCAACUACACUCCCAGCUCCAUCUACGAGUCUGCGGCCCCCGUUGAAGCCGUCAAAGUGGCAUUAGACAAUGGUGUGCGUGCUUUCGAUAACGCCCCUCACUACGCACCCGCCGAAGCCGUUCUCGGCCGGGCGCUUAACAUCCUCGAGCCAUUGCACCCGAGGCACACAUACACGCUCAUCACCAAAGUCGGUCAUUACGGCGAUGAGGUCAAUUACAGUGAGGCGCGUAUUCACGAAUCUCUCCGCAGAUCGUUUGCAUAUCUCAACACGGACUACCUAGAUAUCGUCUACCUCCACGAUGUCGAGUUCGUAGCGGAGGCGAUAGCUGAUAUCAACGAGGCUGGUCAGCCAACAAGAGUGCUCGACAAUCUCCAAAAGUACAAUUUGACUGGUGAGCCGAGGAUACUGGGCAAGGGCGACGAAGAGGUGCUCAACGCCCUACGGAUACUCAACGGGUAUAAGAAAAAAGGCAAAAUACGCAAUAUAGGCGUUUCCGCACUACCCUUACCAACACUGCUGCGUGUUUCUAGGUUGGCUAUUAGCCACCUCGGAAAAGAUUCACUGCAGUAUGUCAUGUCGUAUGCUAAUCAUGGCCCUCAAGCGCUCGCUCCACCCAGCUAUAUCCAAACCAAUUUUGAAGCAUUCGAGGGGCUGUUUGAUGACAGUAUCUCUCUCGUCACUGCUAGUCCGUUCGCUAUGGGCUUGCUCACUCCUCAAGGCCCCCCAGACUGGCAUCCUGCGCCAGAUGGUCUCAAAGAUACUGCAAAACGCACAGUGAAAGCGUUGGGCCAGGAGGCUAGCAAAGCUGCGGCGAGCUUCUCUAUGCGCAAAUAUACAACUGUCAGCGGUUGGCAGAAUGCAGAUGAGGUAAAACAGGGUCUGGAGGCGUACCAUGACUCAAAAGCCAGCGAAAGUGACUUGGAGAGAAAGCUCGUUGAUGCCUUCAUAAAGUCUGGAUGGAGUGGCUAUGUUUGGAGUAGCGGAAGGGUGUAG